AUGUGGCGAGAAGUCGCUGCGCAAUGUGCGCUUCCAUCGAGCUACAGCUGGAGCUCAACCAAUGCGUUGGCGUCGCCGAAGUCCGGAUGGGCAGCAAUCAAGGACUUUACCAGUGUCAUAUACAAUGGUCAGCACCUCGUGUAUGCGUCUUUUGCCGAUACAUCUGGCAACUACGGCUCGAUGAACUUCAGUCCCUUUAGCGACUGGUCUGACAUGGCCUCGGCAAGCCAGAAUGCAAUGAGCCAGGCUGCUGUUGCGCCCACCCUCUUCUAUUUUGCGCCAAAGGACAUCUGGAUCUUAGCCUACCAAUGGGGCCCAACCUCGUUCUCCUACAAGACUUCCAGUGACCCGACCAACCCGAACGGAUGGUCAACCCCGCAGCCUUUGUUCUCUGGUACAAUCUCCGACUCCGCCACGGGGUGCAUCGACCAGACACUCAUUGGGGAUAGCUCCAACAUGUACCUAUUCUUCGCAGGCGAUAACGGCAAGAUAUACAGAGCCAGCAUGCCUAUCGACAACUUCCCGGGGGAUUUUGGCACGGAAUCUGAGAUCAUCAUGAGCGAUACAUCCAACAACCUCUUUGAAGCAGUACAAGUCUAUACCGUCGACGGCCAAAACCAGUACUUGAUGAUUGUUGAGGCCAUCGGCGCCAACGGACGCUAUUUCCGCUCGUUCACGGCCGACAGUUUGGACGGUGCGUGGACAGCGCAGGCGGCCACCGAGAGCCAGCCCUUCGCCGGCAAGGCUAACAGUGGUGCAAGCUGGACCAACGACAUCAGCCACGGCGAUCUCGUUCGCUCCAACCCUGACCAGACCAUGACGAUUGACCCUUGCAACCUGCAGCUGCUCUACCAAGGCAGAGACCCCAACGCCAGUGGUGACUACAACCUGCUUCCUUGGGUUCCUGGUGUAUUGACUCUCCAGUAA